AAGCCGGCCAUCGCCCACAGGGAUCUGAAAUCGAAGAACAUCCUGGUGAAGAAGAACGGGACGUGCUGCAUCGCCGACCUGGGCCUGGCCGUGCGUCACGACUCCGCCACCGACACCAUCGACAUCGCCCCCAACCACAGGGUGGGGACCAAAAGGUAACUGGAUCCCCCCCAUUCAGGCUUUAUUAGGCCUAUUAUUUGGGCUGGCAAUUUGAUAUGAGAGUGAGCUGCCAUGCCGGCUCUUUUGAUGUGGUUAGUGGCGACUUCAAACUUCUCCCCUCGACCAUGGAGCAGGAAUCAAAAGGCAACAGGAGGGGGUCAUACCUGCUCCGCGAGCUGUCAUUCCCUUUUAAUGAUGUGAUGAGAGAUGCCAUUCCGGCUCCCACAGCUCGUUGUAAUGGCAGAGGUUGGAGGUUCCUUGAAACAGGUUGUCCAUUCUGGCUCCAUAGUGCUGUCGAGCCCCCAACCACAGAGCGGGAAACUCAAAGGUAACUGAAGCCCCAGGGUGGCGGUCAUUUGUAGUGAGCGUGAGCAGCCAAUCCUGGCUCUCACAGCUGCCACUCACCAUCAUAGGUGAAAAGGUGAACGUGCAGCGAAACUGGUCAUGUUCUCCGACUCCAGUAGGGAAUGGACGAGGAGCGCACGGCGUGGCGUGAGUCAUCGCGUGGAAACACGCCGCUCAUACCAAUGUUCCAUCUCUCCCCCCCCUGCAGCAGCAUCGAUGACAUUUCCCCCUUUUCCUCCAGACAAGCCGUUGUUCACGGAAAACACACAGGAGGUGAUUGCACACAGACACAGCUGUUCCUACCAUCUGAGGCCAAUACGGGUUACUAGCAACGCGCGUCGGCACUUCUAUAAUUCAUCUCAAUAGGAGAGAGAAAAUUGUCUGACCAACAUAUCACCUGAUUUGCGUUCUUGAAUAACACCCUCUUCUGCUGUAUAAAUCGAGCCUAUCAAGCAUCCCACCAAUCCACAAUGUAGAUUCUAUCUGGCUGCUGUUAUUGGCUGGCCGGCUGCCACAUGGAGCAGCUGUGUUAAAACAGUUGUGCUGACUACGGAGCAUGAUGUCUGUGUUAAAACAGUGUGCUGACUACGGAGCAUGAUGUCUGUGUUAAAACACUGUGCUGACUACGGAGCAUGAUGUCUGUGUUAAAACAGUGUGCUGACUACGGAGCAUGAUGUCUGUGUUAAAACAGUGUGCUGACUACGGAGCAUGAUGUCUGUGUUAAAACAGUGUGCUGACUACGGAGCAUGAUGUCUGUGUUAAAACAGUGUGCUGACUACGGAGCAUGAUGUCUGUGUUAAAACAGUGUGCCGACUACGGAGCAUGAUGUCUGUAUUAAAACGGUGUGCUGACUACAGAGCAUGAUGUCUGUGUUAAAACGGUGUGCUGACUACGGAGCAUGAUGUCUGUGUUAAAACAGUGUGCUGACUACGGAGCAUGAUGUCUGUGUUAAAACAGUGUGCUGACUACGGAGCAUGAUGUCUGUGUUAAAACAGUGUGCUGACUACGGAGCAUGAUGUCUGUGUUAAAACAGUGUGCUGACUACGGAGCAUGAUGUCUGUGUUAAAACAGUGUGCUGACUACGGAGCAUGAUGUCUGUGUUAAAACAGUGUGCUGACUACGGAGCAUGAUGUUGUUGUUUAUUCCAGCUGAAUAGAACUGAGCCCAGCUCAUGAAUAUCUCAUGGUAUUCAUAGCUCAAUUCAUAUCAGUUGUUGUUGCACUUGUUGGUAUUGUGGUCGGCUCAAGGACACGCUCUAAAACAACACACUGAAAUGGUAGAAGGUUGGAUCCUGCCUCUCUUAUUGACAGACCCCUACUGAAGAAACAAGUGUUUCUGGUCUAACUGCCCUUUACUUGGCCUUUUCUCAGCCGUGGACAAGCACGUGGGAACCUGCUAGCCAUUAGGCUAGAGGUGGAACCCUGUGUGACGAGCCUUCUGACAUGUCCCCUCUUCCCUUGCUCUCCUCCUCCUCCCCCCUCUCUUGCUCUCCUCCUCCUUUCCCUCACCUCCUCUCCUUCUCUCUCUUGCUCUCCUCCUCCUCCCCCAUCCCCUCCUCCUCCUCUCUCUUGCUCUCCUCCUCCUCUCCCUCACGCUCUCCUCCUCCUCUCCCUCACCUCCUCUCCUUCUCUUUCCUCCUCCAAUCUCUUCUUCCUACUCUGCUCUCCUCCGCCUCCUCUCCCAUCACCUCCUCUCCUUCUCCAGAAGCUGCUUCUCAUCCUCCUCCUCCCCCCUCCAACUCACUCUCCUUCUCUCUCUUGCUCUCCUCCUCCUCUCCCUCACCUCCACUCCUUCUCUCUUGCUCUCCUCCUCCUCUCCCUCACCUCCUCUCCUUCUCUCUCUUGCUCUCCUCUUCCUCCCCCCUCCUCUCUCUCUCUCCCUCUCUCCAUUAAUUAUAUUCAAAGGGCUUUAUUGGCAUGGGAAUCAUAUGUUUACAUUGGCAAAGCAAAUGGAAUAGACAAUCAAUAAAAGGGAAAUUAACAAGGGAAACAUCAGUAAACAUUACACUCAUUAAACAAACCUUUUAAAAUAAUAUAGAUGUUUCAAAUGUUAUAAUAUUGUCUGUUUACAGUGUUGUAACAGGUAGUUGAAGUAUGAAAGAGAGAAAAAACAGAUAAAUCUAGGUUGUAUUUACAAUUUCGUUUGUGCUUCACUGGUUGCCCUUUUCUCAUGGCAACGGGCCAUAAAUAUUGCUGCUGGGAUUGCACACUGCGGUAUUUCGCCUAACAGAUAUGGGAGUUCAUCAAUGUUUGAUUUGUUUUCAAAUUCUUUGUUGGUCUGUGUUGAUCUGUGGGAAAUAUGUCUCUCUAAUAUGGCCAUAAAUUAGGAAGUGUAGUUUAGUUUCCACCUCAUUUUGUGGGCAGUAGGCACAUAGCCUGUCAUCUCUCGAGAGCCAGGUCUGCCUAUGGCUGCCUCUCCAUAGCAAGGCUAUGCUCGAUGUCUGUAAUGUCUUUUUCGUUAUGUGUCGGACCCCAGUAAGACUAGCUGUCGCCAUUGCCGUCGGCUAAUGGGGAUCCUCCUAAUAAAUCAAAUCGCAUGUCGUCUAAUAUGUUUUAUUUAAUCAUAAUCAUGUCUCUCCUUUUCUGACACAGCUGGUUUAAAUUAUUCCUGCUACACAACAAAUACUAGACUACCAUUUAUCAAUCGCUCACUAAAUAGCCAAAACAAAUACUAGACUACCAUUUAUCAAUCGCUUAUUAAAUAGCCAAAACAUGUUCAAAAGUAUAUAGCCUUGACAGUAGGUAGGCUACGGUAUUGCCUUGCAGUAGGAUUAGGAGCGUGACAUCAUAGCCUGACCUAUUUAUUCUCAGAGCCUAUACCAAGGCAGGAGAUGGAAACACAAUCAUGCAUAAAUAAACAAAAUAUUGAACAACAAUUCGUCUUUUGCAUAGAAGGGACCUGAAUAGGGCUGUAGCAUUUAAAUUGCUCAAAAUAAAAUAAAAUAAAUAAAAAUCUUGCAGAAUGCUCGGCCAGUGUUUGGUGCUCGCUAUAGGCGGCAUAUGAAUCACUGCGAACAAUUAAAACGUUCUGCCCACACCUCUACAGAAAUGUGAUGAACUUUGCCAUCGCAAUUUAUUUUAGAAACUAUCAUGGCCCAGUUCCAACAUCUCCAAAUAAUACAGAAAAUUAGGGCGUUUUUGUUACCAUAAAAGGUGAAUGGAGGGCUUUUUUCAGGCCGGUUGUAGCGUUCACGGCCACACAUAUAAUAUGGCUCUGAUUUUAUCAAUGAAAACAUGCGUAUAUGUUGCGUGCGACAGUUUGAUAAAUCCCAAUAAUUUGUGGUGCCGCAAAUCCGAGAAUCUCCACAUAUGGCAGAAUUUCAUAACAAAUGUAUGUUGAUAAAUGAGGCCCCAGGAUUCGUCACAAGAAUAGUAAAACAAGGGAAAUACAGGCAAGGGGACAUUUUACCGGUCCCCAGACUUCCCACAAGGAUAAAGGCUAUUUUAGGCUUACGGUUAGGGGUUACAAUUAGGGUUAGAUUAAGAGUUAGGGGUUAGGGUUAGGUUAAGGGCAAAUACGAUUUUGAAUUGGAAUCAAAUGUUUGGUCCCCACAAGGAUAGUAAAACAAGUGUGUGUGUGUCUACUGUAGUAUCUAACCAACCUUACGGUCUCUCUCUCUCCAGGUAUAUGGCACCGGAGGUGCUAGACGACUCGAUAAACAUGAAGCAUUUUGAGUCGUUUAAGAGGGCAGAUAUCUACGCCAUGGGCUUGGUGUUCUGGGAGAUAGCCAGUAGAUGCUCUCUGGCAGGUACGUGUGUUGGUCCCCCGAUAGUCACUCAGUUAUCAACGUCCCUUAAUUUAAUAACUUCAGCAGUGGUAAUGAAUUAUUGAUUGUUGCCUCCGAUAACAACAGUUGGUGAGUAAUAUGAUAAUGUCACAUAGCAAGUUUUAUUCGUUCAUUAGCUAAUUCUCUGGCUGUGUUGAACAAAAAUAUAAACGCUACAUGCAACAAUUUCAAGGAUUUUUACUGAGUUACAGUACAUAGAAGGAAAUCAGUCAAUUGAAAUAAGUUCAUUAGGUCAUAAUCUAUGGAUUUCACAUGACUGGGCAGGGGCACAGCCAUGGGUGGGCCUGGGAGGGCAUAGGCCCACCCACUUGGGAGCCAGGUCCACCCACUGGGGAGCCAGGCCCAGCCAAUCAGAAUGAGUUUUUCCCCACAAAAGGGCUUUAUUACAGACAGAAAUACUCAGCUCAUGAAACAUGGGACCAACACUUUACAUGUUUCGUUUAUAUUUCUGUUCAGUAUAAUAUAAAAAUCGCUCACAAUUCAUUUCGUGAGAAGUACGUGAUCUACUUUUGAUGUGUGUUGUGCAGAGGGCAAAACACACAUUUCCCUUGAGGAUUAAUACCAUUUUCUUUGUACUUGCGCUCUGUCAGCUAUUGUGAUGUAUUUUUAACGCGUCUGACGUGUCUUUGCGUCAGGCAUCGUUGAAGACUACCAGCUGCCGUACCAUGACCUGGUGCAGUCAGACCCCUCUGUGGAGGAGAUGAGGAGGGUGGUGUGUGAACAGAAGCUACGGCCCAACAUUCCAAACCGGUGGCAGAGCUGU